AAACGAAACGCACAACAAAAAACGCCAAAAAUCCAGCUAAAUAUUUAUUUCUGAGGAAAUUAACACCAACUAAGUAAGCCACGCCAAGCCAAAAAAAAAAUACUCCACCGCCACCGAGGAAGGCGACUCUUUAAAGUUAAGCUCUAGAGAUAGUAGAUAGAAGCUGUCCAAGACGAAAUGCCUAAGAAUUGAGGCCCAAUUGGCAAGCGGGAACAAUGAGGUCCUGGACUCCACAUCUGUAUCCAAAACCGUGUCCUUCUUCGUCCUCCGUUGCCAUGACAGAUAAAUUAGUGCAACGGGUGUGCCUUUGAUAUUGAAUUAGAAACCAAGGCACUGGAGGAUCGUCGGGAGGAAAAAAGGAAUCGUUGGGAGCGAGAGAGAGAGAGAUCCUAGAAUCUAAAAAUAAAAUAAAUAAUUAAGGGGCGCCCCCCGUUGACGCGGCGCCUCUGCUGGGCGCAAUGCAAGCGAACAGCAGCCGCUCCAACUUAAGCGCACAAUCCUCGGGCACGCCGUCGACCUCAACGAUCUCCUCGUCGCAGGGCAAGCAACAAGUAGUCGAACUAUCUGGCUAUGUCAUCAUACUCGUCGAGAAUGUGGAGGGCAAAAUUAAACUAUACGGCUCACCGCCCGAUCGCGAUAAUCUGGAAGUGGGCGAUGAGAUACUCGAGGUCAAUGGCCUGACCCUGGACAAUAUAUCCCGUACGGAGGUUAUUCGUCACAUCCACGACUGCAUCAAAUCCUGUACCAUUUGUCUGCGAGUUCGAAAGAAGAAUGAUACUAGAUUGGCCUGGGACAUUGGCAACUCGGUGCAGGACGCCUUCGUCAUCGCCGUCGAGGAGCACGCCCGGGAGCGUCUGCAGCGGUUGGCGGCCUUGAACCGGGUCACCCCCGUUGACAUCACCCAGCUGUCCAAGAAGCUGCAACAGACGAAGAGUGGCACGGUGACCAGCCAGCGGCAGGACCUGAGCUUCCUCAACGAGUCCACUCCCAUCUAUGUGACGUCCUUCACCAGCAACCAGAUCACCUGCAGCAGCUCCACCAUGACGACAGCGACCGCCGGCGGGCCGAUAAGCGCCCCCUCCCUGGCCCUGGCCCCCACCACGGCCACCGGGACAGUGCCGUCGGUAGCGGCAACGGCGGGUGGGUCGGUGGUGCAGGUGCAGGCCCAGGUGGAGCCACUGCAGCAGCAGCAUCAGGCGGCGGCGGCAGCGGCAGCAGCAGCGGCGGCGGUCCAGGGUGCCUCGGCGCUGGUGAGUGCCGCUGUGGCAGCUGCCACGGCAGCGGAUCGGAAUGCCAACAGCACGACAUCGGCGGCCCUGAAGAGUGGCGGAGGAGCGGGCGGCGCCGCGAGUGGCAGCGGCAGCGGCAGCACCAGUGCCACGGGGCAGAUAUACCAGACCAGCCAGGCGCAACAGCAGCAGUUGCAGCAACUGCAGCAGCAACUGGCGGCAGCGGCCGCUGCUGGGAAGCCGCUGCAGGCCAAGUCCUUGCUGGCCAGCAGCCUGCAGCACCUCGCCGAGGAGGUGGACAACGAGGACCUGGACGACGACGAUGAUGUGGAUGGGGCCAACUACUGUGGCAUCACCUACAUCAACUACAACAACAAGCACGCCCAGUUGCCGACAACAACGCUGCCGGCCACCACAGCCCUGCCGGCGGCAGCUGCCACAUUGGCAACAACGGCCGCCAUCCAUCAGCAGAGGCAGAAGCAGUCGUCGUUGCAUCGUCCGGGGGUGCCGGCACCCUUGCAACUCGGCGGCCCACCAAAUCCCAGCUUUGUGGAUGCCCAGACCUCCACCUCGCCGCUCCUGGCGGCGAUGGAGCCGAAAAUCGAGCCGCAAACGCAACAAAGGCAUGUCCAUGGCACCACCACACCCAAAACGGAGUACUCCACGGCCAUAUCCAGUGGUCAGCUGAAGCAGGCGUUCGCCGAGCUGCAGCUCCACUCCAGCAACAAUAAUGCAUCCUUGCAACAGCAGCAGCAACAACAACACCUACUUUUAAGCAACAACAAUAAUAGCAAUAAUUCCACGGCAGCUGCCCAGACGGCGUCUCUCAUGAAGAAUUGUGAUCUACUGAUAUCCAAUAAUCUAUAUUCGCAAAGGAGAGAGUUACUAGAAGAUGUCAUAGUCCAUCAGGCCAGUGAUGUGCAUGCCUACAACUCGAGUGCAACAGCAAUUGCCAGUGGCAGCAGUGGCAGCAACGUUAGAUCCCAGCAGCAGCAGCAGCAGCAGCAGCAGCAGCAACAACUGCUGAGUGCCAACUACGAGUUGCAACAACAAUUGCAACUGCAACAGCAACAACAGCAGCAGCUGCAGCAACCAAACAGUCCCACAAGUAGCAUAUCAAUAGGAAGAACUGAACUUUUAUUGGGCGAUCAGAGUUUGCGGCCAGACGCAAGAGGGAAUCGCCGGCGUUCCGGCUCUAGCAUUGUUGUGCUGGACGGCGAUGACCUGAAGCCAUGCCUCCCGGAUGACUACAUAAGCGGCCAGCAUCACCUCAACCUGCAGCAACAGCAACAGCAACAGCUCCAGCAACAACAGCAGCAACAGCUGCAGCAGCAACUGCAACAGCAACACCCCCAACAGUUGCAGCAACACUAUCGCACCCACUCGAGCGACAUCCGGGGAGAGAUAGAUCAGGAAAUGCUGACCAUGCUGUCCGUGAACCAAGAUAACGGUCCUCACCGUGAAAUGGCCGUUGAUUGUCCGGACACGUUCAUAGCCCGUAACAAGACACCGCCCAGAUAUCCGCCACCCCGUCCACCACAGAAAUACAAGAAAAGCACCAAUACCAACACCAACACCAACACCAAGAACAAUGCAACAAAAAUCACUGCUUUGACUAACAAUGAUCAUGCUAACAAAUUGUUAAUUGUUGCAUAUCAUUCUUCACAUCAACAUGAACAACAACAACAACAACAACAAUCAUCAUCACAACAACAACAACAACAAUUAAAACACCAACAUUCAUGCAAAACAACAAACAAAAUUGCACUCGAUGUUGCAACACAAAAUCUAUACAAUCAAAAACAACAAAAUAAAUUGGAACAAAUCGAAAACUAUGAAAAUUGUCUACAAUCGGAACAACAGCAACAGCAACAGCUAGUUGCUAGUGGUGGUGGUGGUGCAACACAACAAGUGGCACAACAGCAAACACCAAGCCACAAGUUGCAAUCAACACUAAGCAAUGAUCCCAAUGGCAAUACAAACUCCAGCAGCAAAACCAACAGCAACAACAGCAGCAUUACGGAGGACUAUCUGGAUGGAUUGUAUCAUCAGCAUCAUAACCAUCAUCAGCACUCACCCACAUCGAGCAAUUUCGAUGAGGUCCUGAGCAAACACACCCUAGACUCCUUUGGCAGCAUCGCCUAUCGUCACCUGAACCAGCAACAGACGACGAGCAAUGGCAACAGCAACACCAGCAACAGCAAUACUAGCAACAGCAACAGCAACACUAGCAACAGCAACAGCAACACUGACAGCAAUAAACUUAAUCCAAAUACCAAAACAGUGACCAACAGCAACAGCAACAGCAACUCACUGAACAGCAGCAACAGCUCCAUGCACACCAGCAACACUAGCAACAGCAGCAGCAGCGGACACAGCAGCAACAUGGUCAGUAGCAGCAGCACCAGUAGCUCCACAGUACCCGAUGACCUGAGUCUGGCACCACCCGGCUAUGAGGUUAGCCAAAAGCUCGAGGAACAGCAACAACAGCAUGUUGCACCGGUGGUGUUGCUGCCACCAAUUGCCAAGCAUCGCGAGUUGCCGGUCGAUGUGCCGGAUAGUUUCAUUGAAAUGGUAAAGACACCACCCAGAUAUCCGCCACCGGCUCAUCUAUCGUCCAGGGGAUCCUUGCUAUCGAAUGCCAGUGGUUCCACCGCCCACACCACACUCUCCUCCCUGGGCGUGGUCAGUGUGGCAGCAACAACAACAACAACACCGACAACAACCGGAGCAGCAGCAACAUCACAAGUUGCAACUGCCAUUGGCGAUGAGUUAAAUGGAAAUGCAAAGCCCGUGCCACCCCCCCGCGAUCACUUGCGGGUGGAGAAGGACGGGCGGCUCGUCAACUGCUCCCCCGCCCCCCAGCUGCCGGAUCGGCGGGCGCCCGGCAACGCCAGCAGCGGCAGCGGCAGUGGCAGCGGCGGUCUCAUCGCCCCCCAGCAGAUCGCCCAGAUCGUGGAGCCCACCAUGGAGCAGCUGGAUAGCAUCAAAAAGUACCAGGAGCAACUUCGAAGGCGACGCGAAGAGGAGGAGCGGAUUGCCCAGCAGAAUGAGUUCCUGCGGAACAGUCUGCGCGGCUCCAGGAAGCUCAAGGCUCUCCAGGACACCACUGCCACGCCCGGCAAGGCGGUGGCGCAGCAGCAGGCCCACCAACAACAGCAACAGUCCAUGCCCCAGGCGGUGGGCGUGGAGAACGAGGCGUACCUGCCGGAUGAGGAUCAGCAGGCGCCCCAGGAGCAGAUAGAUGGCUAUGGAGAACUGAUCGCCGCCCUGACACGCCUCCAGAGCCAGCUGAGCAAGAGCGGCCUGAGCACCCUGGCGGGCAGGGUGUCCGCCGCCCACAAUGUCCUGGCCAGCGCCAGUGUGGCCCAUGUCCUGGCCGCCAGGACGGCCGUGCUGCAGCGCCGCAGACCCCGCGUCGCAGGACCUCUGCACCACAGCGCCCUCGGCCUGCAGAAGGACAUCGUGGAGCUGCUGACGCAAUCGAAUACGGCGGCUGCCAUCGAGCUGGGCAACCUGCUGACCAGCCACGAGAUGGAGGGACUCCUCCUGGCCCACGAUCGCAUCGCCAAUCAUACGGACGGCACACCCUCGCCCACAUCCACGGGCACGCCCACCUCGGCGAUGACGCCCACGCCGGGACAACAGCCGCCGGCGGCGACGACGACGCUGAGCGGUCACAGCAGUCCGGUAACCAGUGCGAAACGUAACUUGGGCAUGGUGGUGGCGCCGCCAGUGGUGCCGCCGCCGUUGGCGCAACGCGGCGCCAUGCCCCUGCCACGCGGGGAGUCGCCUCCGCCGCCGCCACCGCUACCGGUGUCCGGCAAUCCGCUGGCCAUGCCGAUGAGUGCUUGUUUCGGGACGCUGAACGACCAGAACGACAACAUCCGGAUCAUCCAGAUCGAGAAGUCGACGGAGCCGCUGGGCGCCACCGUGCGGAACGAGGGCGAGGCGGUGGUCAUUGGCCGGAUAGUGCGGGGCGGAGCGGCCGAGAAGUCCGGCCUCCUGCACGAGGGCGACGAGAUCCUGGAGGUCAAUGGUCAGGAGCUGCGCGGCAAGACGGUGAACGAGGUGUGCGCCCUGCUGGGUGCCAUGCAGGGCACCCUCACCUUCCUCAUCGUGCCGGCCGGUAGUCCACCGCCCGGCGGCGGCCUGGUCGGUGGCCCGCAGUCCGGACUUGGCACCGGACCGGGCGCCCAUCGGGACACUGCCGUGCUGCAUGUUCGCGCCCAUUUCGAUUACGAUCCGGAGGAUGAUCUGUAUAUACCCUGCCGGGAGCUGGGCAUCAGCUUCCAGAAGGGCGAUGUCCUGCACGUGAUCAGCCGGGAGGAUCCGAACUGGUGGCAGGCGUAUCGCGAGGGCGAGGAGGACCAGACGCUGGCCGGUCUCAUUCCUAGUCAGUCGUUCCAGCACCAGCGGGAGACCAUGAAGCUGGCCAUUGCCGAGGAGGCGGGUCUGGCGAGGUCCCGCGGCAAGGACGGAUCGGGCAGCAAAGGAGCCACCCUGCUCUGUGCCCGCAAGGGACGCAAAAAGAAGAAGAAGGCCAGCUCAGAAGCGGGUUAUCCUUUGUACGCUACCACGGCACCGGAUGAAACGGAUCCGGAGGAGAUACUCACCUACGAGGAGGUGGCCUUAUACUAUCCCCGUGCCACCCACAAGCGGCCCAUCGUCCUCAUCGGCCCGCCCAACAUCGGCCGCCACGAGCUCCGCCAGCGGCUGAUGGCCGACUCGGAGAGGUUCUCCGCCGCCGUGCCACACACAUCCAGGGCUCGCAGAGAGGGCGAGGUGCCCGGCGUGGACUACCAUUUCAUCACCAGGCAGGCUUUCGAGGCGGACAUCCUGGCGCGACGGUUCGUGGAGCACGGCGAGUACGAGAAGGCCUACUACGGCACCUCCUUGGAGGCCAUACGCACUGUGGUGGCCAGCGGCAAGAUCUGUGUCCUGAAUCUGCAUCCCCAGAGCCUCAAGCUGCUGCGUGCCUCCGACCUGAAGCCCUAUGUCGUCCUGGUGGCGCCACCCAGCCUGGACAAGCUGCGUCAGAAGAAACUGCGCAACGGCGAACCUUUCAAGGAAGAAGAGCUCAAAGACAUCAUUGCCACGGCCAGGGACAUGGAGGCCAGAUGGGGCCAUCUGUUCGACAUGAUAAUCAUCAACAAUGACACGGAGCGCGCCUACCACCAACUGCUGGCGGAGAUCAACUCGCUGGAGCGUGAGCCGCAGUGGGUGCCGGCACAGUGGGUGCACAACAACCGGGACGAGUCAUAAUGAAGAUAUAUUAGCCAUCGGCACUGGCAACGCUACCGUCUCCAUCCGCCGCCCGUCUUCGUCCACCAGCAGCCCAUAACCCAUUCCAAACUCUUUGUAAAUACAAUUUUCAAUUGAGCGCCAUCGGAUCGGAUAUCCUUCUUUAAUCCCUCUGCCCCCCUCCCUAUAUAUAUAUUGUAUAAUUUCAACAAUUUGUUGCACAGAGAAGUGUGUGCAUUAGUCUUAGAUACAAACAAAAAGAAAGUAUAUUUAAAAAAAAGGGUUUUUAAACGUCCGUCGCCUAAACCAGAAACCAGAAACCAGAAUCCAGAAUCCAACCUCUUUAUGUGAGUUCACAAAACAGCUUGUUGUUCAAUGAUAUAAUAUUAUUAUUUUUUUUUUUAAAUAACUUAUACUGUAAAGAUAUUGUAUUCUUUUUUUUUUUUUUUUGGUUAAAACUUUAAGCUAAGCUCUAGCACUUCCUUAAUUUACGAAAAACAAUUAAAAAGCGAAUCAAAAUGGGGGAAAAUGAAAUGGAAAUUGUAAAUGGGCCAGAAGAAACAGGAGAACUAUACAAGAAACAUAUAUAUCCCACGUAUACCCAAUAAUAUGUGUAAUAAUUCCAUAAAUGCUAACCAGAGGAGCCAGAACCCGCUCAGAUACAGAGAUACAGAUACCGCGAUUCAGAGAUACAGAUGCAAGUAAAGAGGGCAAAAAAUAAAUAAAAUAAAAUCAGAUGCAAGUGUUGCAAUUACGUAAUCUAUUUACUUUAUAUAAAUACAUAAUAUACGGAUAUACAUACACAUAAAUUAUAAACAGAAACGUACUUAAUAAUGAUAAUUUUAAAAGUAAAGAGAGAGUUUAACGGAAGCCAAGCGAAAUAAAUAAAAAAUAAAUCGGAAAAACAACAAAAUCAGUACGUCAUUGCCAAAUAAUGAACAUAAUAAUGGCUAAAAAACAAAAACUAAAAACUAAACUCCAUGAGCGAAAUUGUUAAAAACAAAAAGAAUAAUAAUGUAGCCAACUUUAAGCACUGUAAAAUAAAGGAAAAAUAAAAAAUAAAAAUUAAAUAAAUGAAAAUAGAAAAAACGGGCUAAAAAUGCAUUAGAUUAAGAUUAAAAAAAAGAAAAACCAAGUAAAUGUUGUUGUAAUUAAUUAUUUAAAAGAAAAACGUCUAGAAAAAUGAAAUAAGAAGGAACCUGGGUGGGCUAGUUGGUUUCACAUUCCAACAAAAAUUAAAAAUAACUAUUUAAAAAAAGACGAACCGGAAAGGUUGAGUUUUGUUUUUUGUGGGCAAGAUAUAGAUUCUAUAUAGAAGAUAUUUAAAUUCUAUAUGACAGAAUUUCGAGGAGAAAAAUAAAUUUAUAUUCAAGAAGACGUCAAGUGAAAUAGCAAAAAAAAAAAAAACAAAAAAAAACUAUGUUACACAAUGUUGAAUACUUGAAAGAUUCUAAAACAAAACAGAAAAGAAUAUAUACAUAAUUAUACAUACAAUAUAUAUACAUAUAUAUGUGGAGCCGCAGUUCCGAUUCCCGAUUUCGAAAUUGGGUUUCGUAGAUCGUAAAAAAAUCAAUUUUCAUCUCUGAACUUUCCCCCUUCUGGGAUCCAAUCUUAUCCGGAUCACCUGAUUCUAAAUGAAAAACUUAAAUAAAUUCCAACUUGGCACGAAAUCGGAAGUCGGCGACUCACGGUCACCCAUAAAAUAAUGCAUAAUAAUAAUAAUAUUACAAAUUCAACAAACAAACAAAACAAAAACAUUUUUUUUCUGUAGUCAACAGGUAUAUAUAUACAAAAAACAAAAAAAGGAAACAAAAUAAUGUGUGUGCAGUAACUCUGUUUAAGUUUUUAUUUAUGUAUGUAUGUGUGGUGUAGCAAAAACAAAAAACAAACUAAACUAAAUACCUAAAAAAAGCAAAAAACAAAAAAAGGAUUACAAAAUAGGCACGGUUUAAAUAGCCAUUGUACGAAAUUAACGACAUUUACGAGUAACCCUAACGCGAGAGAGCGGACAAAGUCAGAUGAAAUAACAAUAUUAAUAAUAACAAUAAAAACAAAAACAAGAUAUAUAAAAACC